CUGCCUACGCACAAAAAUCGCUCGCUAGAUCUCUCUCUUAUAACGUAAGGAAUGGCUUCUGCUGCUUGUUUAUUGUGUUACAAAAUUCCUGCAGUGUUGAUGCUGGUUCAUCUCAUAGUUGCCUUUAUGACGGCUGCUUCUGCUGGUAACUUCUACGAAAGCAUUGACAAUACCUGGGGUGAUGGCCGCGCUAAAAUAUUCAGAAACGGGGAGCUCCUUACUCUCUCCCUUGACAAGGCCUCCGGCUCAGGCUUCCAGUCCAAGAAUGAAUAUCUAUUUGGAAUGAUCAAUAUGCAGAUUAAGCUUGUCCCUGGCAACUCCGCUGGCACUGUCACUGCCUACUAUUUACGCUCAGAAGGGUCGUCAUGGGAUGAGAUAGACUACGAAUUCUUAGGCAACCAGAGUGGUGAUCCUUAUAUUGUUCACACGAAUGUUUACAGUCAAGGCAAAGGUGACAGAGAGCAGCAAUUCUACCUCUGGUUUGACCCCACAGCAGAUUUCCACACUUACUCCAUCCUUUGGAAUCCAGGACUCAUUGUCUUCUAUGUGGAUGGAGUACCCAUAAGAGAGUUCAAGAACUUGGAGUCCAUCGGGGUACCAUACCCAAAGAACAAGCCGAUGAGGAUACACUCCAGUCUAUGGAAUGCUGAUGACUGGGCAACAAGAGGUGGUUUGAUCAAAACAGACUGGACACAAGCUCCAUUCACCGCUUCAUAUAGGAAUUUCAAUGCCAAUGCCUGCGUGUGGUCUUUUACAACAUCUUCUUGCAUUUCAAAUUCCAAAUCAAGCAACAGAGCUCCGCACUCUCGGGAAUUGGAUUCCGCUAGCCAAGAAAAGCUCAAGUGGGUGCAGAGGAAUUACAUGAUUUACGACUAUUGCACAGACACAAAGCGAUUUCCACAAGGCCUCCCUCCAGAGUGCACACUCGCCAACAAAUCCUAGAAUGAACAUCUGUUCUGGCACGAGUAGCUUUUGUACAUCGGUUCUUUUUCCAUGUUAAUAGGAAAUAAGGGAUUGUAUAAUAUGUAAUAUAUGCCUCGUACUACGUGAUGUAAUAUAUAAUAUUAGACGCUAUAUUUAUCCUGUAAAAAUAGUUUGUACAAUCUACCAAUGGUCUUGCAAAGUUUCCAUA